UAAAAAUUUAGAAAUAAAGUGUUUGAUUUAAACUUUAAUUGUGAAUGACAUUAAUUAAAAGGGAAUGAGAAAGACUGAACUUGAAAACUUAAAAAUUUGGAAAUAAAGUGUUUGAUUGAAACUUUAAUUGUGAACGACAUUAAUUAAAAGGGAAAAAGAAAGACUGAAAGCAUUAAUUAAAAAGAUAAGGUAAGGAUGAGCUGCUGCUCAGCAUCGAACCAAGGGCCUCCAAUUAUCAGUGAACAAGAAGUCUACCGCUGCACUAAGUCAAUUUUCUUGAUGUUAACUUGCACUUUUUAAUAUUUAUAUAAACAUUUUUAGUUUAUACGUAAUAUCCCGUUCCAUAUAUACGAGACUUUCGAGAUUCUCGGGGGCCCAAAGCCUGCUGUAGCUCCGCCCCUGGUAGGGUUCACGAACUUGUUAGUGUCCUAAAGGAGAAGGAAAUUGGCGUGAUAGCUCACUUCUAUAUGGACCCUGAAGUUCAAGGUGACCUUAAUGCUGCACAGAAGAAUUGGCCUCACAUCCAUAUCUCCGAGUCUCUGGUUAUGGCGGAUAGUGCUGUGAAGAUGGCUGAAGCUGGAUGCAAAAUUCAUAACCUUUCUUGGUGUGGAUUUCAUGUCCGAAAAUGUCCGGGCUAUCCUUAAUCAGGAUGGAUUCCCAGAGGUAUAUAACUUAUGUUGCUUGUGUGCGUUACACUGUGUGUUAGUGUCGUGUAGGCAAUUCAUAGUUAUUUCUCAUUCCAUGAUCUUUUUUUUGCUUAUGCCAAUUGUUGCAAUGCAUGUUGGUGUAUACAGAAUGUUUGAAUAGCGUCUUGGAUGUUUGUUGGCAGAUGCUGCAUCUAUCCAUGCUUACAUGAAUGAUAUGCAUGACAGUGGCGGAACCAAGGCAAGGGAGGGUGUGUCGUCCUACACGCCCGAGAAUUUUGUGAACGACCUACAUAUUUUCGGUACAAAAAUUUUAAGUUUUGGACUUCCGACAACCCUUCGAUAAUUAUAGCCGACACACCUUCAUUAGAUUGGAAAUUUUUUAUUAUUUAAAUGAAUCAUUGUGUCGAUAAUUAUAGCCGACACACGAUUUGAUACCUAUAUUUUUUAUAUUUUAGUACCUAAAAUUUAUAUUUUUAUACGAAAAAUAUCAUUGGAAAAUUACAUUUUGGUACCUAAAAAUUUUCAUUAUGACAUUUUAGUACCAAAACUUUUCAAAUUUAACAUUUUGGUCCAAGCCUUGGAUGUCAUUUGGAUUCAUGGAUCAAUCCACCAAUCCAUUCGAUCCAAUCCAUGAAUCCACCAAUCCAUUCGAUCCAAUCCAUUUUGAUCCAUGGAUCCACCAAUCCAAUCCACGAAUCCGAUCCAAUUGCCACCUCUAUCUAGGAUGGAUCAUGCAUUGUCCACCAUCUAUUAGGACAUGAAGUUGAACAAAAGAUCAAUGACAUGUAUGGUGAUGCUUUCUGGACUGCUCAUAUCGAGGUUCCUGGAGAAAUGUUUUCUUUAGCGAUGGAAGCAAAGAGAAGAGGCACGGGGGUAGUGGGUUCUAUGCAGAAUGUACUAGACCUCAUAAAGCAAAGAGUUGAAGAGUCUCUUGACAUAAAUGUGAGCGAUCACCUCCAAUUCGUUAGUAGAGGUGGCAAUUUCAAUCCAAUCCACCAAUCCAAUCUAUCAAUUCAUUAAAAAUAUCUACCUAAUCCAAUCCAUUUAAAUCCAAUCCAUUUUAUCCAAAUCCAAUUGGAUUGGUGGAUUCAUGGAUUGGAUCCAUGGAUCAUUGGCAAAUUGCGGUUUAGUACCUAUAAUUUUUAUUUUUUACAUUUUGGUACCUAAAAUUUAAUUUUUCAUACGAAAAAUAUCAUUGAAAAAUUACUUUUUGGUACCUAAAUUUUUUCAUUAUGACAUUUUAGUACCUAAACUUUUUACAUUUUACAUAUUGGUCCUUGGUUGAGGAUAUCAUUUGGAUUCAUAGAUAAUCCACCAAUCCACUUGAUCCAAUCCAUGAAUCCACCAAUCCAUUAGAUCCAUGGAUCCAUCAAUCCAAUCCACCAAUCCACCAAUCCAAUCCAUUUGCCACCUCUACGUGUUAGGCACGAAGUCAGGAAUGGUCACCGCUAUUGUUACUGCAGUCAGGCAGUUACUGGGAUCCUCCACAGUAUCUUUUGGGAGAGCAAAGGUCAAAGUUGAGAUUGUCUUCCUAGUCUCGGCUAACUCAAUAACACAAACAUCAACUGGGACACCCCCCAAGACUAGAAUCGGUACAACUGGGGGGUGUCAUUUUUUGUAUCGGAAUUAAAAGGUAAACGGGAGGCAUUUCUAUUCGGCGAAGCAAAAGUAUAUUGAACGUCUGACCCGUCAUCUCUUAUGUUGUUCAAGUGGUUAGUAUCAUAUAAUUGGCGAAAACAAGGUCUGACCUCAAAAAGGUUACAAACAUUUAAUUUGUAACGACCCGGUAACAAACCUUUGCACUUAAUACAAAACCGUCACAAGUUAAACAAAAUUGAGCAUUUCAUACAAUUUCAAACUUUUGUUACCGUAUCGUUACAAAUUAAAGAUUUGUGACCAUUUUAUACUAAGUAAAAAAAAAAAAAAAAGUUUGUGACCACUCAAUUUUCUCAGUUUUACUUAUAGUAAUGAAAUGAAUGACUGUUAUAUAAAACUCAACAAAGCCAUCAGUUUUGCUUCAAGUUUCUGUAUCAGUGGUCAAUCACCCCUUUGUGUCAAAACUGCAUUUAGAGAAAGGGAAGAUACAGUUCUUCAGCAAUCAUGGGAGAUGCACUUCGUCAUGCCUAGGAAAGGGAAGAUGCAGUUCAUCUCGUAUACUGAGGUCGUAAAUCUCACCACCGCUACCCUUUUUUCUUUUUGUCCUGUAGAUAAGUGGUGACGUUGCGAUUAUGAUUGAAGCUCGGCAUUGUUUGUCCUUCUCUCAAUACGGCAGUUAGUUUCUAUAUAUAUAAACGAGCAGAGGGAAUGCACUGGAGACUGAAUCAGUGAUCAAAUGAGCAAAAUCCCACAGAGACCAGAAAAAAUGUACGGCCUGCAAGAUUUCUUCUCCCACCCUGAUCUGCAAUUCGCUUCUCUUCUCCUCUUCCUCUUCCUCCUCAUCUCCGCCAAAUUCAUCCUCUCUACAGAAACACUAACCAAGAACAAGAAGAAGAAGAAAUCGAACUUGCCCCCUUCGCCAUGGAAGCUCCCUGUCUUGGGGAACCUCCACCAAUUAGGCACCCACCUCCACCGCACCCUCCAAUCCCUCUCGCAGGCCCACGGCCCAGUCUUCCUCCUCCAUCUCGGGUCCGCCCCGACCCUGAUCGUCUCCUCGCCCGAAUCCGCCAAAGAGAUCAUGAAAACCCACGACCUGGCCUUCUCGAAUCGCCCUCACUCCGCCAUCUCCAAUCGCCUGCUCUACAACUACAGGGACCUCUCCCAGGCCCCCUACGGCGACUACUGGCGCCAGAUGAGAAGCCUCUGCGUCAUGCGACUUCUCAGCGCCAAGCGCGUCGAGUCCUUCCGCUGGAUCCGCGAGCAAGAGGCGGCGCUCCUCGUCGACACAAUCGAGGAGCACGCCGUUUCCGCUGCGGGCGCGCCGCUGAAUUUGGGGGAACUGAUUUCGAGGAUUACGAACGACAUCGUUUGCAGGGUGGCGUUGGGGAGGAAGUACGGGGAAGCUGCUGCAGGGGAUGGGGAGAAAGGGAAGGAAUUCAAGCUGCUUCUCGAGGAGUUCGGGGCUGCUUUGGGGGCGGUGAACGUGGCGGAUUUCAUUCCUUGGUUGGGUUGGAUCAACCGGUUCAACGGGUUGAACCGAAAGGUCGAGAAGGUUUUUCGAGAGUUCGAUGAAUUUCUCGACCAAGUUCUGGAGGACCAUAGGUUAACAUCGGUGAUAAAAGAAAAGAGCGAGGAGGAGGGGGAGGAGAAGGAGAAGGAUCUCGUCGAUGUUCUUCUUCAGUUUCAGAGAGAGACUACUGGUUUUGCUGUUGAUCGCGACACCAUCAAAGCCAUCGUCCUGGAUAUGUUUGCGGCAGGAUCGGACACGACAUAUACGGCAUUAGAAUGGACUAUGACGGAGAUACUAAGACACCCGAGGGUGAUGAGAAAGUUGCAGAAAGAGAUUCGCGCAAUUGCCGAGGAAAAAAGAUACGUGAAGGAGGAGGAGAUAAAGCAAAUGGACUACUUGAAAGCAGUUAUCAAAGAGUCGUUCAGAUUGCACCCACCAGUCCCACUCUUGGUGCCAAGGGAAUCGAACCGACAUGUGAAAGUACAAGGGUACGACGUUGUCGAGAAGACGAGAGUGAUCGUGAAUGCGUGGGCGAUUGGGAGGGAUCCGAAGAGGUGGCAAUAUGCCGAGGAGUUUAUGCCGGAGCGAUUCUUGAACAACAAGAUAGAUUUCAAGGGGCAGGAUUUCGAGCUUAUACCGUUCGGGGCAGGGAGGAGAGGGUGCCCCGGGACUAGUUUUGCAACUGCUUCGAUGGAGAUAACGCUGGUCAGCAUGUUGCACAGGUUCGAUUGGUUGAUGCCCGCCGGGGAGGGUGGUUUGGAUGCUGAUGAAGCUCCGGGGCUAACGGUCCAUCGAAAGACGCCCCUACUAGUUGUUCCGACUUUAUACUCCCCAUAGUACGUAGUGGGAUUAUUAGAGUGGUAAUCAGAUUAGUCAAAAAUGUGUUUUUUGUUUCUGCAAAAAUUGUUAUAUGCUACUGUAACGUCCCGAACCUUUUCCCAACGAAGAUAUUGUACGCUUUGGGCCUCUACCCUCACGGUUUUCGACUUGGGGUGCAAUUCAAGGUGACUUCCCAUAAGGUCACCCCAUCCUUGUUGUACUCCACACUAAGCACGUUUAACUUCAGAGUUCUCACAAGAACUCCUCAAUUUCACCCUAAAACGCAUCUUGUCAGUUAAGGUCGGUCUCUUACUUAUGAACCAUGGAUCUCUCCCUUGCUUUGUCGAUGUGGGAUUUGCCUAAGGUGUUAUAGUUACCCUGCAUUUCUAGUCAGUUGGCCUUGGUCUUUUUUUUUUGUAGAAUUAGCAGUUGGACUUGGUCUCAUCGCACUGGUAUAUCUAUUUUGCUAGAGUACUACAAAGAAUACAAAAUGAAUGUUGCGUUUUGACAAUUUUUUUGAAUUUUAUAUGUACUUCUACGAAAAAUCUUUUAUAAGUACAUAUAUAAAUAUGAAGUAAAAAUAAAUUGUAUAAAACUUGUGAAAAAUAUUGAAAUUAAUGUAAUAAAUAAAUUGUAAGUUGUAAUGAAAAAAGAGUAAGCAAUAUAAUGUGCUGACGCGAACAACUCGUAACCCGCUCCACCCAUAAUUCGAUUGAUCUGUAAUCCUAUCAACCUGUAACCUGAUGAACCCGCAACCCAAUUGACCCGUAACCCGACUAACUCACAAUCCAAUUGAACUCGAACACUACUAACCCAUAAUACGAUAAACCCGAAAUCCAACUAUCCGGUAACCUGAUUGAAUCCAAUCCAUACCCGGCCAAACCCGCUCAAUUGAUACCUCUAAAACCAAUUUCGAAGGGUUUGCUAGUUGGUUGGUAGUCUGCCUUGUUUUUUUUUUUCUCACAGUGAAAUCAUCGAUGAGAUAAAUUCUCCCAUUUUAAGUAGGGGUGUUCAAACCGUGUGGUUACCGUGGUAACCGUUUUAACCAGUACUAUUUGGAUAAUUUGGUUUGGUUAAUUUGGAUAAUUGGUUUGGUUUGGUUAAAGUUUUUAGCUUGUUUGGUUUAGAUUGUUUGGUUUGGUUUCAGACACUCCUAACCAGUCAAACCAAAUUAACCAGUUAAGUAAUUAGUCAUAUAUCUAAUAUAUAUUAUAUACACAUACUUAAUACUUUGCAUAAUCACUCAAGAGUUAAACGUUCAUCCCUUUUAGACUCGUAAAAUAUAAAACUCAAUAUUGCUCCUAUAGUGUAUAUUUGUAUAUGUAAAGUGUAGAUCACAACAUAUUGACGCCUAAUUUAGAUAAAUCUCAUACAUUAUGAUGGAUGAAAACUUGAACGGAAAGUCCUUUCCAGCCUAUGAUAUUUGCUAAGAGACUAAGUCAAUUCACACAAACACAACAAUUCAUUAACCCAUACCAUUGUCAUAAAAUUUUGUUAGGUGAAUACUUCUAUACUAAUCGUAAGAUAAUUGUCUUAGUUGCAUGUAUUUAUGUUAAAGGUCAACUAUAACUAUGUGUUGAUUGUUAUGUUUUAUUCAUUAUAUAAAUUGCGAAUUGAUGCAUUAACAGGAAAAUUUUCUCACUUAAUGAUAAUGAAAUUUUAUAUUGGUU